AUGGCGCUGUACGGGACCUCAGACGCCUUGAUGUGUAGGGCGUUUCCCACGACUCUGAGGGGAUCAGCCCGCGCAUGGUAUAGCGGCCUGAAGGCCGGGGCAAUCAACUCGUUUGAUCAGCUUGCCAAAGACUUUGAGCUCAACUUCCUGGCAUACGCCCGGCCAAAGCCGUCCGUCGCGCUACUCCUCGGACUUAACCAAAGGGAGGACGAGCCCCUCUCCCAUUUUGUGAAUCGUUUCGCUAUGGAAAUUCGGGGGUUGUCGAAUGCUCAUCCCUCUCUGUUAAUGCAGGCGUUUAUGAUAGGCCUGCGGCCUUCCAGAUUCUUCUGGUCCCUUGUAGAGCGACCCCCCACCACGGUGCCGGAGAUGCUCCAGCGGGCUAACUAG